AUGAAGCUAUUAUCUGCUUCAAGCUCCUCAUUAACCCUUAGAACUGUUAUUUUUAUUUUGUUAUUUAUUGGAUUGACACAGAGCUUGCCUGAUAAUGCUGGGGAUGGGUCUAGUUUUCAGAUUAAAUAUGUUUGGGCAUUAAUAACUGCUUUUCAUUUAUCCUUUACUUUUGGUUUUGCAAUGGGUUCUAAUGAAGUAUCUAAUGGUAAAGUAAAAUAA